AUGAACUGGCUCAAGUCGACGCUCGCCAGCGUGGCGGGCACCCAGGAGCCCAUCUAUGGCCCCGAGGCCAUCCAGUCGGUCGCCCAGCAGACGCAGGAGACGCCCUACACCGAGCUGACGGCCGAUGAGAUGCGGUGGAAGGCAUAUCAGUAUACCAACGUCGAGACCCAGACGUUCUACAUCAUGGCCGACGACGGGACCCUGGCCUGGGUGCAGGUGAUCUAUAGCAAUGUUGCAGGGAUCCAUACCACUGCCCAGUUUAACACCAAGAUCUAUACGCUGAGCGGCGAUGAGCCACACAAGUGGUACUCCGACCCACUGUACAACCUCAUGUUCGACGAGAAGAUGGUCUCCUUUGGCGCCGAUAACUUCUCGGUGACCCUCAACGAUGAGGGCACCGCAUACACCAUCAAGUCUGCGGUGAACGAGGGCAGCCUGGUUGAACUGACCUUCACCCGCGUCACCCCGGGUUUUGUCAUCGGAAAGGAUGGUACCUCGUACUUUGGCACUGACCCGGCCAACCCCUGGGGCUCGAUGCGCCAUGCCUUCUGGCCCCGAUGCGCCGUCACAGGCACCAUCACCACCAAGGAAAAGGCAUACGACCUCGGCGGCCGCGGCCUGUUCAUCCACGGUCUGCAGGGCAUGAAGCCUCACCACGCGGCUGCGCGGUGGAACUUUGUCGACUUCCAGUCGCCCACCUACUCGGCCAUCAUGAUGGAGUUCACCACGCCUCCCUCAUACGGUUCGACCAAAGUCAACGUCGGCGCCAUUGUCAAGGAUGGCGAGGUCAUUUACGCCGGCACCACUAACUCGGCCACCCAUACCGAGGCCUCUCAGGACAGCGAGAGCGACUGGCCCGAACCCAAGUCCAUCAAGUGGGAAUGGUCCGGCACAACCAAGGACCUCGCCGACGUGAAUGCCGUCGUUGAGGGCGUGCUGGGGCCAAGGCUGGACCGCAUCGACGUCAUGGCUGAGGUGCCAGGCUUUAUCAAGACCAUCGCCGGCAGCGUGGCGGGCACCAGGCCCUACAUUUUCCAGUACUCCCCCCAAGAGAAGCUCAAGUUGAAGCUGAAGAUCGGCGACACUGAGGUCGAAGAGGAAGGCUCUUUGUUCUGCGAGGCCACCUUCAUCUCAUAG